AGCAUCCUACGACGUUGCUCUCGUCGUUUCGAGGGUUCUAUUUUCUUUAUCCAUUCGGUGCGAAGGUCGUCUUCUCCGUCGUCGUUUUGGGCUAACUUCAUUCACCAGUGGGAUCGAUGGAAGUAUCAUUAAUGGAUCCUUAUGGGACCAAUCCUGGGCCGAUCGAUAGCUCUGUUCUAUAUGACCAAGAGAAGCAUGUAUCCUCAGCAGUUUGGGAUGGGCAGGAGCGUGGCGCACUUAGGUGUCAUGAGCACACUUCCAAGCUUGAUCAGUGGACACUUACAGCCAAGCAAAUUGAACUGGUUGAGAGAGCUGGAUUUGGGUACUUAAGAUUGAUUCCUGCAAUUAGUCUUGAUAACCCACUAAUCUCUGCUUUGGUUGAGAGGUGGAGAAGAGAAACAAAUACCUUCCACUUGAACGUUGGUGAAUUGACUAUUACCCUGAAAGAUGUUGCUGUCUUACUGGGACUUGCAAUUGAUGGAGACCCUGUUAUUGGUCUAACAUACACAACCUGCCACUCUGUGUGUGAGAUGUAUCUAGGCAGAGCUCCAGAUCAUGGCUACACGAGUGGUGGAAUGGUUAAGCUUAGUUGGUUGAAAGAGCUCUUUUCUCGGUGCCCCGAAGAUGCUCCAAUGGAAAUCGUCGAACGCCAUACACGUGCUUACCUUCUUUACCUUGUAGGCAGUACAAUAUUUUCCACGACAACCGGGAACAAAGUACCUGUCAUGUACCUUCCUUUGUUUAAGGAUUUUGACCAGUGUGGCAAACUUGCUUGGGGAGCAGCUGCUUUAGCAUUUUUGUAUAGAGCUCUUGGGAAUGCUUCAUUAAGAUCACAAAGUACCAUCAGCGGUUGCUUAACCUUAUUUCAGUGUUGGAGUUAUUUUCACCUUAAUAUUGGACGUCCAAAGCUAAAUCAUGAUCCAUUGCGUAAUCGCUUUCCGUUUGUGCUUAGAUGGAAGGGCAAACAAAGCGGUCCGACAGCAAAUCGUGAUAUCGUUUUUUACCGAAAGGCUUUGGAUUCCCUGAAGCCUUGUGAUGUGGAGUGGCUACCUUAUAGAAAUAUGGAUAGUAUCCUAAUGCCUGAUGAUAUUAAAAGUUCUCUGAUACUUGGGGGGGCAAAGACAAUGUUGAUAUGCUUUGAUAAAGCAGAGAAGCAUCUUCCUGACCGUUGUGUAAGGCAGUAUGGUAUGCUUCAGGCGAUCCCAGAAGAUGUACGACGGUGGGAAAGAAAAAGCCGGGGCGUCGACGGAGGAGUUGACCUAUCAGCAAAAAUGGAAGUUGAGCUUAAUGAAUGGGGAAACCGUAGACUCCAGAUUGUUGAUGGUGAUGAUUGUGUAGAUGAGAAUGGAUACAUGCAAUGGUACCUGAAAAUUACUCGUCGGUUCAUUGGGAGGCCUAUAUCUCUCUCAUCUGAGUUUCAGAGGACGAAUUCUGGGUUGAGGGAUAUUGCGCACAUAGCAGAUACAUUCUCAACCAAUGGGUUAGAUCAGCAACAAAUUGAUUUGAUUUCAAGGAUAAGAUACAUUGCACAUGAAUGUUUAAGAGGCCAAAUUGGAGGUCCAAUUAUAUUGCCCUCCAGUCCCGAGAUCGAACUCGGGAAACGAACAAGGGGAAAAGAGAAGGUCAGAAGGAAAGGUACAGGAAAACGUUCGAGGAAGGACGACCAAUUGCAAUACAAUGCUGUUGGUGAGGACAACCAAUCUAAUUUUUGUGAUUCUGCCAUUGAGGUUGAUCAACUACAACUCCAUCACAUGAAUAGAGAGUUAUGUUCUGUGGACUCGGAGGUCGAUCAUUUACCGCUUAUUGACGAAGUCGACGAGGAUGAUAGUAUGCAGUUAUGUAAUCCCAACAUAGGGGUUGACCAUCCUGACAUGAUCCAUAAUGCCACAGAGGGAAACAUGGCUGAGUUAAGCCAUGCUGAUAUCAAACUCGAUGAAGCCGAGCUAUGCGACACACCGAAAGAGGUUAAUGGCCUCCAUAUAUCUGAUACAAUAAACGAAGUCGUAGAUACUCAUAUUUGUUGCGCAAUGGAUGCUGGUCAUCCACUGCAUUUCUCUACAUCUAAGGAAGCCAAUUAUCAUUCGACCGAGGAUGUUAAUCUACUGAAGUUUCCAAACACAGCUAACAAUAUUAACAGUUCUGAACUUUGCCAUGGCUCUAUUAAGAGCUCUCCUCACACAGAUGAACGUGCAGCCCAAGGCUAAUGCCUAAAUUUUCGAUGGAUGAUAGGCUUAGUCAUUUGAAGCUCUCUGAUGACUUUGGGAUGCAAAUUUUUUUAUAAAUUAUUCAUAUUUGAGCACACUUGGAAGUUCUUGAAGCAAGUAGGGUAGCCCGAAAGGAAACAAUCGUUAGCUACCACUGCCGGGUUUUUUUUUUUGUUGGAUUUGGAACUUGGAGGUGAAGAGACAAAGCUCACAUUCAGUAACUUUUGUUGGGUAGAGAGUAUACUACCAAGAGUGGUCUCCGAAGGGCAGCGAGGGAAAAUAAAUUAAUCCUGUAUUUAUUUUAUUUUUCAUUGAUUAAUUAGAUUGUAAUGAUAUUUACUUCAUCCCAGUCUGGUUGAAUAAUCAGAUGGUUCCUUUUUGUUUA